GGAUCCCCAAGCAAGCUCAAGGUACCUCUUACAGGAGCUCAAGCUCGAAAAAAGCCACCUUCGACCGCCCCGACGCCCGCCCAUCGCCAACGAAAAUCAUCGGAUCCGUCGAAACAACAGCAAAGAGUCCGCCGCGAUGAGUCUCUACUAUGGAUUGGGCGGCAUUGGGUCCUUUGUGACCGUCGUCGGAUUGUACAUGCUCUUCACCGGUAGCGGCGAGUCCUUCGAUGUCGGCGCGUUCCUCGAGUCCGUUUCGCCUUAUGCCUGGGCCAGUCUGGGUAUCUGUCUCUGCAUCGGCCUGUCUGUCGUCGGCGCCGCAUGGGGCAUUUUCAUUACAGGAUCAUCGAUUCUCGGCGGAGGUGUCAAGGCGCCGCGCAUCCGAACCAAGAACUUGAUCUCCAUCAUCUUUUGCGAAGUCGUCGCCAUCUACGGCGUCAUCAUGGCCAUCGUCUUCUCCGCCAAGGUCGAGGCUGUCUCGGGCGCCGAGCUUUACUCUGCCAACUCAUACUACACCGGAUAUGCCCUGUUCUGGUCCGGCCUGACAGUCGGCAUGUGCAACCUCGUGUGCGGUGUUGCCGUUGGUAUCAACGGUAGCGGUGCUGCUCUUGCUGAUGCUGCCGACCCCUCGCUCUUCGUCAAGAUCCUAGUCAUCGAGAUUUUCUCCUCAGUGCUCGGCCUGUUUGGUCUCAUCAUCGGUCUCCUGGUUUCCGGAAAGGCGUACCCCUUCGGCAAGGCCAACUAAACAAUUACACAACCUCUCCCCUACCUAACUAGACAUGGACAAAGUCCGGCGGCGCUCGCAGCCGGCAAUCGAUUUUUCGUGUUCCAGCAAGAGAUGGAGCGCAUGCAUGCAUUGCGCCAAUAAUAUUUGGUCUGGCGUUUGGAAGAUUGGCUCGGGUGGACGUAUUUUGGCUGUACCAGUAUCUGUACCCUUGGAGGCGGAAGUGUACAUCACGAGGUGGGAUUUCUCAAGUUAUACAAAAUUAGGGCCUUGUUCAGGCAAUUAUGCCUUAGAUGCUUUGAUCUGAUCAAUUACAAGUUCUCAUGACAUUGGAU